AUUUUUAUUUUCCACUUGACACAAAGAAAGGCAAGUACCAUUUUUCUCAACCUUAUCACCCUUUUGCAUAAAAGGGCCACCCCUUCUUCUUCUUCCCUUCUCAACUUGUACUACAAUUUCUGGAUUGAAUUAUCUUCAAAAUGAGAGAAAUCCUUCAUGUUCAAGCUGGUCAAUGUGGAAACCAAAUUGGAGGCAAGUUUUGGGAGGUGAUGUGUGAUGAACAUGGGAUUGAUGCCACUGGAAAUUACGUAGGUAACUUUCAUCUUCAACUUGAGAGGGUUAACGUGUACUACAAUGAAGCAAGUGGGGGACGGUAUGUUCCUCGAGCUGUGCUUAUGGACCUUGAACCAGGGACCAUGGAUAGCUUGCGUUCUGGUCCUUUUGGAAAAAUAUUCAGACCCGAUAACUUCGUGUUCGGCCAAAAUGGAGCUGGUAACAACUGGGCUAAAGGGCAUUACACUGAGGGAGCUGAGCUUAUUGAUUCAGUUCUUGAUGUUGUUCGAAAAGAAGCUGAGAAUUGUGACUGCUUGCAGGGGUUCCAAAUUUGUCACUCACUGGGAGGUGGAACUGGGUCUGGAAUGGGUACCUUGCUUAUCUCAAAGAUCAGAGAAGAGUAUCCGGAUAGGAUGAUGUUGACUUUCUCAGUGUUCCCGUCCCCGAAGGUCUCUGACACUGUGGUUGAACCCUACAAUGCCACUCUCUCUGUUCAUCAACUAGUUGAGAAUGCGGAUGAAUGCAUGGUCCUCGAUAAUGAGGCACUCUACGAUAUCUGUUUCCGAACACUCAAGCUCACAAAUCCAAGUUUUGGUGAUCUGAACCACUUGAUCUCAACAACAAUGAGCGGAGUAACGUGCUGUCUCCGCUUCCCAGGGCAGCUGAACUCCGACCUCCGCAAACUCGCCGUGAACCUCAUCCCCUUCCCUCGCCUCCACUUCUUCAUGGUCGGCUUCGCGCCCCUCACAUCCCGCGGCUCCCAGCAGUAUCGGUCCCUCACAAUCCCGGAACUCACCCAGCAAAUGUGGGACGCCCGGAACAUGAUGUGCGCCGCCGAUCCCCGCCACGGCAGGUACCUGACGGCGUCCGCCAUGUUCCGCGGCAAGAUGAGCACCAAGGAAGUGGACCAGCAGAUGAUCAACGUACAGAACAAGAACUCCUCCUACUUCGUGGAGUGGAUCCCGAACAACGUCAAGUCCAGCGUCUGCGACAUCCCUCCCACGGGUUUGUCCAUGUCCUCCACCUUCAUGGGGAACUCCACCUCCAUUCAGGAGAUGUUUCGCCGCGUCUCCGAGCAGUUCACGGUCAUGUUCAAGAGAAAGGCCUUCUUGCAUUGGUACACUGGCGAGGGAAUGGAUGAGAUGGAGUUUACUGAGGCUGAGAGCAACAUGAAUGACUUGGUGGCCGAGUAUCAACAGUAUCAAGAUGCCACCGCCGUCGAUGACCACGAGGACGAGGACGAGGACGAAGCCAUGGCUGCAUGAGAAAACCCUUUGUAUAUGCCAUACGGUGUGUUAUAUAUGUCUAUCUUGCAAGGUGUGGUGGCCUCAAGUCAAAUUUUUACGGAUUUUCUUUCUUUCUUAUUUGCUUGUUGUGGGUUUUGUUUGUUAAUGCUACUUUAUGACUUUUGUUUUGCACCUUUUAUGUCUUCUCUUGUCCAUGUCAAUGAUUGAUGUAAUUAGUGGAAAAUUAAUCAUAUACAAAAAUUUUAACUAUUCUCUUUAA